AUGACUACAGAAUCAGUAUUCCCCGUUGUUCGCUCGCGCCUCGACCUGCGCGCGAAGCAUCUACAGCAAAACAGAGCCGACUGGGACAGCAUCCUCACCCGGUUCGAGGAGGCGUUAAAACGCGUCGCCGCCGAGGGAAAUGAGGUGUCCUUGAAUCGUCAUCAAUCUAGGGGGCAGUUAUUGCCAAGGGAUCGAGUGGCGCUUCUGCUGGACCAGGACUCGCCCUUCCUGGAACUCGGCGCAUUUGCUGGGUUCGAGAACCCAGACUCAACUCCAAGCGCGAAUCUCAUUGCAGGAAUUGGCAAUGUUAGGUACGUGAUGGACAUUCCAUAUGAUGUAUCAGCUUCUAAUGCUCUCACAGUGCUGAAAGUAAACCGCAUGAUGGAGGUGGCGUUCGAGAAUGACCUGCCUCUAAUCUCCCUCGUGCAAUCGGCCGGAGUGUUUCUCCCCCAGCAGUUCCGCGUCUUCCACAAAGGAGGCCAGCUCUUUCGAGACCUGGCGGUGCGCACGCAGCAUGGGAAGCCAUCUUGUGCCAUCGUCUUUGGGUCAUCCACUGCAGGAGGUGCAUACCAUCCUGCACUCUCAGACUACACCAUCUUCGUAGAGAACCAGGCCCAGGCCUUCUUAGGGGGUCCGCCUCUCGUUAAGAUGGCAACAGGAGAAGUCAUCGGUGCUGAAGAGCUGGGAGGCGCCAAUGUCCACGCGACGAUCACUGGACUUGCCGACCAGAUGGCUGUUGACGAGUUUGACGCCAUCAUCAAAGCCCGCGAGUGGGUUGCCUCUCUGCGAGAGCGAGCACAGCCUAUCCAUGGCCUACUGUCUCCCCGAGAGCCACGAUAUCCAGUAGAGGACCUCCUAUCUUUGGUCAAUCCUGAUAUCCGGAAGCCAUUCGACAUGCUCGAGGUGCUGCUGCGGAUUGUCGACGACUCGCGGCUGUCGGUGUUUAAGCCCAAGUACGGCACAAACAUGAUCACAGCAUGGGCUCACAUCCAAUGCUUCCCCGUCGGAAUUGUUGCCAACCAGAUCUCGGUGAUCAAUCCCAACGAAGCUGCAAAGACAGCACAGUUCAUUCGGGCGUGUAACCAGGAAAACACUCCCAUCAUCUUCCUGCACAAUGUCACUGGCUUCAUGGUCGGUGCCAAAGCCGAACACGCCGGCAUCAUCAAGAUGGGCGCCCAACUCGUCUCGGCCGUCAGCUGCUCGACCGUCCCCCAUAUCUCGAUCAUCAUGGGCGCAUCCUACGGGGCUGGUAACUACGCCAUGUGCGGACGGUCAUACAAGCCCCGUUUCAUCUUUACCUGGCCCACCGGUCGGUGCAGCGUCAUGGGCCCAGACCAGCUCUCGGGCGUUAUGGAGACAGUGCAGGUACAGAGCGCCAAGUCCAAGGGACAGAUCCUUGAGCCGGAGAAAUUGAAGAAGCAGGUGGAGAGGUUCCGCCAGGAUGCUUCGAGAGAUAGCGAGAGCUAUGCGACGAGUUCGAUGCUCAUUGACGACGGCAUUAUCGACCCAAGAGACACCAGGGACGUGCUGGGGAUAAGAUUUUCCCCGGAUCGAUUCCAUCCGCCGUACCGCAUCGUGGAGUGUGGCUGGACGGUCCGACAGCUGCGGUCCGAUAUCCGAGACCGCACCCACGCACGAGGAGAUCGGAUACUGCGCAAUAAAAUAGGUAUUGCCGCUCCCUCGCAGAACGGAGCGACCGUCCACGCGGCACCUCUGCGGCCACCCCUCUACGUCGCGCCUUCACCAUUGCGCAGCGAUGGGAGACCCAUUAUCCAGAAGGUCCUGAUUGCGAAUCGCGGCGAAAUCGCUUGUCGCAUUAUCCAGACCUGUCGCAAACUCAGUAUCACGACUGUUGCCGUAUACUCUAACAACAGCAGAGACGCGUCAUCGCUCCAUAUCAGAGAUGCAGACGAGGCAAUCAACAUCGGAAGCAUUGAUCGCAGUGCGCGCAAUCCCUUCCUGGAUGUCGAUCUGCUCAUCCGCACGGCUCUGUCUGUAAACGCCGACGCCAUCCAUCCUGGAUACGGCUAUCUCAGUGAGAAUGCCGACUUUGCCCGCUCCAUCCGCGACGCUGGCAUGAUCUUCAUCGGCCCCAGCGACACCGCGAUGUCUACUCUGGGUGACAAGCGCGCGGCCAAGGACUAUCUUACCAAACACGCCCCAGACGUCCCCCUAAUCCCCGGUUACGCCGGAUCAAGUCAAGACGCAGCCGAACUCGGUAGAAUGGCCGCGGAAAUUGGCUUCCCCGUUAUGCUCAAGGCCUCUGCUGGCGGCGGGGGAAAGGGAAUGCGAAUCAUCCGUGAACCUGGUCAGUUGCAGCAUGAGUUGGAGCGCGCACAGUCCGAGGCCCAGCGCUCGUUCGGGUCGGCGGACUGCAUCCUGGAGAAGUAUGUCGAGAGCAGCAAACACGUUGAGAUCCAGAUCGUCGGCGAUGCUCAUGGCGAGGUUGUCUCAUUCUUCGAACGCGACUGUUCAGUGCAGCGACGACAUCAAAAGGUCAUCGAGGAGACGCCCUGUACGUUCUUGACAGACAAGAUGAGACAGGAUAUGAGUGCCACGGCAGUGCGUGUUGCCAAACUCAUCAACUACGAGAACGCGGGCACUGUCGAGUUCGUCGUCGAUGCUGUGACCGGCAAGUUCUACUUCCUGGAAGUCAAUGCACGCCUGCAAGUCGAGCAUCCCAUCACCGAAGAGGUGACGGGGGUCGAUUUGGUAUCGCUGCAGCUCUACGCCGCUGCUGGGGGCAGUCUGGGUGCACUGGAUGCGCUCCAGGGGCUCACUCAACGCGGCCAUGCCAUCGAGUGUCGUCUCUGUGCAGAAGACCCCCGCAAGAACUUCUUCCCCGAGCAUGGCAAGAUCCAUCUGUGGCUGCCUGCAUCGGGCGUGUUGGCAGCAGGCCGCGACGUGCGAUACGAGGCUGCAGUGCAGUCCGGGUCCUCUGUCUCAAUCUACUUCGACUCCAUGAUUGCAAAGCUCGUCGUUUGGGCACCGACAAGGGCCCUUGCGAUAGAGAAGAUGGUCAAAGUGCUCGCCAACACCGUCUGCGCUGGUGUCCAAACAAACUCGCUUCUGAUGCAGCGGGCCCUCUUGCACAAGGCCUUCCAUGACCCGGCAUACACCACAUCCUUCCUCGCACUACACCUCGACGAACUCAUUGGAGAGCCGGCUGGCCCUCUGGCAGAGAUCCGAAAGUCUCUCUCGAUUCUCCCGGCAAUUGCGCUGCGGAAUUUGGCAGACUCGCCCUCGUCCCAGAAACGUCCUUUCCAGAAUGUGCGCCGGCGCUUCCGAAAUCAACACCACGACCCGGCAAAUCUACAGUACGAUGUAGUUACCAUGGUAGACUGGCCGUAUAACAUCAAGGAAGACCCGACGAUACCAAUAAUGUGCGUCUGGACACCAGAGCAGGCCGGGUCAUCGACCCACGAGGCACAUCUCCUCCCCCUCCCUGAGAGUGAUAUCCCGCAAGAUGAUAAACGCUCUGCCACCAGUUCACGAUAUGGCCAGAUCAGCCAAGCCCUGCGGAAUGGACGAGUAACCAGCGCCGGAUCCCGCUACACAGUGAGCGUCGAUUCAUGGAAACCUGCCGAGGGAGACCCUGCACUGAAGGAGUCCUGGCUAUCAACGACGCUCGAGGCCAGUCUGAACGGCACAAAGGUCCUUGCGCAUAUGGCCGUCGUCACCGACCGACCUGAAGCCCUUGCUGGGUGUCUCAACCGAACACAGACCGUCUUCUGCCACGUCCCGGCCAUUGGAGCGCCCGUUGAGUUCAAACGAGAUACCUCGCUGUCCUUCAUUGAGAGCACGCGUGCUUCAGCCGGUGGUGGAAGCGAUGAGGAGCAGAGGACCGUGACGGCGCCAAUGCCGUGCAAGGUACUGUCGACGCUGAAGAAGAACGGGGAGGAGGUCAAAUCCGGAGACACCGUGAUGGUUAUCGAGAGCAUGAAGAUGGAGGUCACCAUCAGUGUCUCGGCCGAUGGCAAAUUCGAGACGAACUGGAAGGAGGGCGAUGCUGUGGAAGAGGGCAAGACUUUGUGUACUGUUAGUUAA